AUGGUUACCGUCACUAUGCCAAAUCCUUGGGAGGAGCUCUCAAAAAGAUGUAUCGAAAUUCAGCAGGAGUCCAUACCCAAGGACUACCAGCUUUCCGAAGACAAGCUCCCUCCACACGACCGUUUGAAUGUCCAAAACGUACCCUAUGAGUCGGGAAUUUUGACAGAUGAGGAACUGCGAAUGACAGAACAGGACUCAGCUGGCCUGCGGAAGAGAUAUAUAAGUGGCGAAUGGACUGUCAGACAAGUUGUAACUGCGUUUUUGAAACGAGCAACUAUUAUACAGCAGUUGACAAAUUUUGUUACUGAAAUACUAGCGGAAGAUGCCCUGGAGAAAGCCGAUAAACUUGACGCCCACUUUCAAAACGCCGGGCGGCUUAUGGGCCCCCUCCACGGCAUCCCCGUCUCAGUCAAAGAACACAUUAGCAUGGGUGGUCACAUAACGCAUGCAGGAUUUGUAUCAAAGAUCACGAACGUCCCAAACGACGAUGCGCUUUCAAUUCAGAUUCUGAAAAAGGCAGGAGCUGUCAUACAUGUGCGAACAAACCAGCCUCAGUCUUUAAUGCACUUGGACUGCAAUAACAACAUUACCGGCAAGACAUUGAACCCACAUAACCUCCUAUGCUCUCCCGGUGGGUCAUCGGGAGGCGAAGGUGUUUCUGUUGGAGCGAAGUGCUCUGUCAUUGGUGUUGGUACGGAUAUUGGCGGCAGCAUACGCAUACCAGCUGCAUUCAAUGGCUGCUAUGGGUUGCGACCCACUGCUUUACGUAUCCCAAACUUAGGCAACUUUGGAAUCACCGCUGGCCAGGAAAGUAUUCGCGGUGUUGUUGGUCCUUUAGGUCAAAGCGUUGAGGAUCUUGACUUGUUCAUGGAGGCUUUGCUUGCAGCUGAGCCAUGGGACACUGAAACAACAUUGGUUCCUGUGCCAUGGAGAAAGACCACUCUCGAUAAAAACAUCACAAUCGGACUGAUGCUUGACGAUGGCUGUGUGAAACCUCAUCCCCCGGUCCUUCGUGCACUCCGAAUGGCGGCAGAGAAGUUGAAAAGAUCAGGCAUUAACGUGGUGGACUGGGAACCGUACGACCAUAGCCACGGAUGGGAUAUUGUUUCAGCUUUGUAUUUCCCGCAAGGACCGAAGCCAUAUCUCGACACGUUCGCUGAGAGUGGAGAACCAACACUUCCAUUGACACUCCAUGCCUUCGGGUUCUCAAGGGCCCAACCACUCACUGUGGCCGAGAAUUGGGAGCUGAAUUACAAAAGAGAAGCAUACAGAAGGCAGUACCAUGAUCUGAUGAAGAAGAAAAGCGUAGACUUCAUCCUUUGUCCAGCCUAUGUAGGCGCUGGCGUAUUACAAGGUGGUGCCAAAUACUGGGGGUACACUAGUAUCUGGAACAUCCUGGACCAGCCAGCGGCAAUUAUUCCCAGUGGGCUUAAAGUCGACAAGAAUAUCGACCUGCGGGAGGAAACAUACAAACCCAGAGAUGAACAGGAUAAGAACGAAUGGGAAGCUUAUGAUGCAGAUCUUUUCGAUGGCAUGCCGAUCUGUCUGCAGUUGGUUGGAAAGCAUUUCCAUGAUGAAGGGGUGCUCCAAGCAGCCAAGCUUCUGGACAGGAUUUUGAAGGAAGGUUCCACAUAA